AUGCGUACUCACCCUGAUAACAGUGAACGACCAACAUGGAUUGAUACAAGAAAAACACCGCCUACUCGGAAGAUUCCUUCUAACGCUGUCGCCAACACUCUUUCGAGACUCACAAACCGGUUAUCAAUUGGCUCAACAAUUCGCUGGACUCCGGCCAGUAAGAUCGAUCACGAGACAAUCGAGGGAAGGACUGAAUUUUACAAUCAGGUGUGCCACAAACUUCUCAGGAAAACUCGUCCACCGUGGAGGUGA